AUACACAAGCAAAGAGACUACCCUAUACAUUUAGGCUUCCCUUUGUGGCAAACUCAUUCCAUCUCCUUCACAGCUUUAAUCAAUCCAACAGCCUUCAACCAUUUUCCAUUACCCAAUAAAUAUUUUCAAAAGAUUUUUCUCUUCCCUCCUUGGGUUUUGCUUACCUCAUCUUUAUCUCUAUCUUCUAAACCUAGCACUGUUCACAGUACAACAACUCAGAGUCUUUUUUAUCUCUUAAAGCUUGUGAUGAUUGCAGAGAAAUGAAAGAACCCAAACAAGUUUCAGAAAGAAAGAUGGGGCCUUGCUCUUCAUAUCAAAAGGCUGCAAAAGAAAUGAGUGGCACUGCACCAUCAAGAGAGGUGUUGAGGAAGAAGAAACUGUAUCUUUGGUGGUGGUUCAUUUUGCAGUUGGCUUUAGCUUAUUCAGAGACUAAAUGCAGGUACAGUUCACCUGACUGAAUUGGGUAUAUAGUUGAAUUUUCUGACUGAGAAGUGAAGUAGCUAGCAACAGCUUCUUUGGUUGUGGAAUGUGAACUAUAUUAGUUGUUUAUAACAAGCAUAUUACCCAAACUGCACCACUAAGUAUGGAGAGGAACAUGUUCAAUCCUUAUCUUGGUGAUCGAAGUCCUACGGUUUUUGCUGGGAUGUCGAAUAUGUUCUCAAGUUCUCUGAUUCAGCCAGAUGCCGUAGAUCUUAACACCCACAGCCAGUUUACAGCUAGGUAUCCUUUUCUGUCAACAUUGAAUGGAGAAUCCAUCAAUGGUCUUCAAGUAACUGAGCAUGGUGGGAUUACUAAUACAGAAGCAUUGAGUUCUGCGAAUGUGCCACUGGGUAAUCAGGAAAAUUUCUUUGUUGGCGGAACAAGUUUAUUAGGUACUUCAGUUGCCAACCUUCUAGCUUCAAGAUCUGGUCUGCAUGAAAACCUCAACCAGUAUCAGAUGGAUGAAAGUUUGAAUGGAUAUCAGGUUGAUGACUUGAGAACAUUGGUGUCAAACAAUUGUCGUGACACUUCAAAUUCAUUGUUUACAAACUCCAUGAACUGUGGUUAUGGAGUGCAAAGAGAUAUAGAAUUCUUUCCAUCUACGAAAGAUGCUGAAAUGAACUGCCAACUCGCCACUAGAUGGGACUUCAAUCAGUUACUGGGUCCUCCAGAAUUUGCAGAAAAAUCUUCUGUAACAGUGGCAAGUAGUCUAUACGGCUUAAACAUCCCCAGUAAUGAGUUGUCGUUAACUCUUUCCACCCAACAGCCUUCUAUUGUUAACUUGCAAAAUAUUCCAGACCAAUGCUCAGAAAUCAGUUGUUCAGGAGUGACACAUGAUACAGUUCGUGAAAUUAGAGUAGCAUCAAAGCAAAAUGCUUCUAACAGUAAGGGUCUUACUAUGGGUUUCAGUUCUUAUCAUUCGGUUCAGCCGUCUGAUAUAUUAUCCGGCUCAAAAUAUUUCCAUGCAGUACAGCAAAUACUUACUGAGAUUGCACAUUAUUCAAUUGGAAAUCUUGAAACUGGCAUGGGUAUUGAUCCAAAAUUUUCUCUUUCGGGUGGCACUGUUGAUUGGAGAAUUUCGGACAAUAGGUCUGAUCAGUUUCCUUAUUCGUCUGGAGAAAUUAGAACUGGGAUUCAAAUUAAUUCCAAUUUGCAGAAACAGGAUAGCGAAGAGAUCAAAGCUCAUCUUUUGUCACUGCUGCAAAUGGUUGAUAGCAGAUACAACCAGUGCUUAGAUGAGAUGCAUACAGUUGUAUCAGCAUUCCACGCUGCAACUGAAUUGGACCCGCAAAUGCAUGCUCGUUUCGCCCUUCAAUCAGUCUCUCUUUUAUAUAGAAACUUGAGGGGAAGAAUUGCUAAUCAGAUCCUACGAGCUGGAGAAUGCCAUAGUGGUGGCUACCAUAGCGAAAAUAAUUCGCUAGAGUCUUCUUUCUUACAAAAGCAAUGGGCUCUGCAACAACAGUUAAAGAGAAAAGAUCAUCAGUCAUGGAGACCUCAACGAGGGUUGCCCGAAAGAUCUGUCUCAGUUUUACGAGCUUGGCUGUUCCAGAACUUUCUCCAUCCGUAUCCCAGGGACGCGGAGAAGCAUUUACUUGCAAUCAGAAGUGGACUAACAAGGAACCAGGUAUCUAAUUGGUUUAUAAACGCACGUGUGCGCCUCUGGAAACCAAUGAUAGAAGAAAUGUACACAGAAGUAAACAGUAGAAACGGUCACCAAAGUGAAGAAAGAAUCAAUAUCAAUGAUCCUAGGAGCCACAUUAGCAACAUUGAAAGUCAGGUUUUCCAAAUGAACCAAGUCUGUUUGUAAAUGACUUCUACUAGUAUUUAGAUCAUGGUUAGUGUAUGGAUGGUUCUUGAUGUUAUCACCAAAAACCCAUUAGUCCCUCUUUUUUUGGUUCGCGGUUGAGGUGAUAUCUUUUUUGGGGUAAUGAAUCUCAGUAUGCCAGUAUUUCAGCUAGUUAGAUGUAUUGUAAAUGUCUAUCAACCAUCCUCUUUGGUGUUUUGCAGUCAUUCAGAUUGGGAGUUAAGAUAUUCCUUGUGUGUAGAGGUAAGUUGUUUAAGUACCUGUAAUAUAUUCAGCUGCGAUUAUGUUCAAAUUUUUGUCGUGUCAUAUGGGAUCAAAUGAAGUGAA